AUGUCUAAUUUAGUUCCUAAAAUAAUGAUUCCGUUUAACAACGGAAGAGGAAUGCAUGAUAGUGAAGAAAAUCGGGAUAGAUUGAGUGACUUACCUGAUUGUCUUCUACUUCACAUUUUAUCAUAUUUGAAUUCCAUACACGCUGUUCAAACUUGUAUUUUGUCUACGCGAUGGAGGCAUCUUUGGAAACAUAUUCCUACGGUUAAAUUGAAACAUUCCACUGUGAAGUGUUUUGACAAAUUCCUUUCUAAAAUGUUAACUCUUCGUGAUAACUCAACUGCACUGCGAGCUCUGGAUCUUGAUCGUCGCGGCCUUAUUGAGGCUCGCCUCCUCGAAAAGAUUUUAAACUAUGUUUAUUCUCAUAAUGCCCACAUCCAGCAAUUAGAAAUAAGCGUUGUUGCUCAGAGUUAUCCCAUUCUGAAUUGUAUUUCAUCGUGUAAAGCUCUUACAUCUCUUAAGCUUUCACUUUACAAUAUAGGUAGUAAGAGUACUUACGCAGAAACAUUAUUUCCAAAAUCUUUGAAUUUGCCUUUAUUGACUACCUUAUAUCUAGAAAAUUUUACCUUUUGCGGUGGUGAAAACGGUUGCGCCGAGCCCUUUUCUAUCUUUACCAAGUUGAAUAGUUUGGUCAUUCGUCAUUCUAAAGUAAAGAAGGCUCAAAUCCUCAGCAUAUCAAAUGAGACACUUGUCGAUUUAGCUAUGCAUUAUAAUUCAUUCAACUUUGUAGAAAUUGAGCUAUCUACUCCAAGUCUAUGUACAUUCACUUUUCCUGAUAAUCUUGAUCAGAAAAUAUGUGGAAGUGGUCUUUCGUGUGUUAAACAUGUAAGUAUCUAUGCACCACAGAGAUCAUUUUCGAUGAAGUAUCCUUCGGUUCUAUUAGGCUGGCUGCGGGAGCUUGCCAAUGUAGAAUCAUUGAAAGUAACUUCAAUUACUCUUCAGAUUCUCUUCUUAGUCCCUGAUUUAUUGGAUGUUAAGCUCCAUUCGUUGUGUAAUUUGAAGUCAUUGGAUGUAGAACUAAUACCUCUUCGUAGUGAACUUUUAAUAUUAUUGAUGAAAGAUAAUAUGUUAAAGAAAUUUAUUACAAAGUCACAUAAAGAAGUUGUUAAAUUAAGAGAGGCAUUUAAAUUGGGCAUGGAACUACCUCCUAUACCUGAUGGAAUAGUUGAUUUCUUGCUACAAAACUCGCCAUCGGCACAAGUUAACAUCACAACAAAGUAUGAAGAUCGUUUUAACCUUAAGCAGGUUGAAGAAUCUGUAAGAGGGGAGAGGAACACCAGCUAUCUUAAGCAAUUUUGUGACUGCCUCAUCAACUUCUGUUUUGAGUAA